AUGUCUGAUGAAGCGGAGCUCCGAGAGCAGUUGGGCCAGGAGGAAGAUGAGGUGCCAGAGGCAGAUUCGAUUUCCCUCAGCAUCGUCAUCCGGGCUUGUGGCCAAGGCCGCCGUUGGACCGAAGCGCUGAGACUUUUCCAUUUCCGGCCGCGGCGGGAGUUCGCCUCGCCGCUGGGCGCCGCCGCUGCCCUGUUGCGGAAUGAGCCGACAGAGACAGAGGCGGAGCUGAUGAUGCGGAAUGCGACGAUCACUGCCUGCGACAAGGCCUCCGCCUGGGUGGCCGCGCUGCAGCUGCUGCCGGGCGACCUCUGCGGCAGCAACUCGGCGCUCAGCGCCUGCGCGAAACGCAGCCGCUGGCAGAAGGCCUUGGCCCUCUUGGACCAGAUGCCCCGCAAGGACAUCAUCUCCUACAACACGUGCAUCACUGCCUGCCGGGAGCUGUGGGCCAAAGCAUUGGCGCUUCUGCAGGAAGCACAAAACCUGCAGCUCCGCCUCACCACAAUCAGCUUCAAUGCGGCAAUCGCAUCCUGCGACAAAGGGCACAGGUGGCAGAAGGCUGUGGAGAUCUUUGAGGCGAUGCGUUUUGCCCGGGUGCAGCCUAGCCAGGUGACCUACAACAGCCUGAUCAGCGCCUGUGAGGUGGGUUUGCCCUUGCAACAGCUUCUGCGCCUGACGCAGCACCCGGCCGCCUUCGCGGCUUCCGCCGCGGCCUGCGCCAAGCAGAGGGCGUGGGCGGCGGCCGUGUGGAGCCUGGCGCAGGCGCCCAAAAUCCCGCUGGGCGCUGGGCAAGCCACGCUGAAGGCUUGCGCUGAGGCGCUGCAAUGGCGCUGCGUUUUGGAUCUCCUCGCCAUUGGCGUGGGCCGUUGCGAGGAAGCCGCGGGCACCGCCUUGGCCUUGGCGGGCAAGGCCAAGCCGGGCGCGGCUUUGGACGAGAGCCGCCGCCCUGUGGCAAGAGAGGCGGUCGUUUCUUCCAGCCACCUCAUGCCCUUGGCAGAUGGGUCGUAG